UUGAUCCUCGUCACGUGGUUCUGAUCUGAUCUGGACGGAACCACGAUGGACGCCUUCGACCUGUUUCGAAAACUCGGAGCCGGAGCCAAAUUCGACCUGAAGAGAUUCGGCGAAGACGCAGCUCGGUUUAAGGUGGCCAGAUCUCGGGCAGGGGAAGAAUCCUCGGAGCAGCUCUCUGCCAUCGACUACUUCGGCUCAGGGGAGACUAGUGGAGCCCAGAGCGGAGACGAGGAGGAGGAGGAUGAGGAGGGAGGAAGAGGAGACUCUGGAGGGAAGAGAAAGUGCAAAGAAGAGAAAGCUGCAAAGCGGAAAAAGAAAAAGGCAAAAAGGAGCGAGUUGGCCUCAGAAGACGGACUGAUGAAGGAGUCGGAGGGAAACGGCAUCACAUGGAUGUCGUCGCUGGACAGAAAGAUCCAAAACCUGCAGAGUGAAGACAAGUCGUCACUGAAGAAGCUGAAGCAUCUUCAUCAGGAGAAAAUUAAUUCCAUCCGAUCUCAACAUCGCAUAAACGUGCACGGCUGUGACGUGCCGGACCCCGUGUGCACGUUCGAGGAGUUGCAGUCCGAGUAUUGUCUCAACCCGAACAUCCUUCACAACCUCGUAGACGCAGGACUGAAGUCGCCCACGCCGAUUCAGAUGCAGGCCAUUCCUCUCAUGAUGCACAGUCGGGAGCUCCUGGCCUGUGCUCCCACAGGAUCCGGGAAGACGUUGGCCUUUUGCGUGCCGCUGCUCAGCCACCUGAAGCAACCAGCCAACCAGGGCUUCAGGGCCGUGAUCAUCUCCCCCACCAGAGAGCUGGCCAGCCAGACUUACAGGGAGCUUCUCCGCUUCUCCGAGGGAGUGGGCUUCAGGAUCCACAUCCUAGACAAAGCUUCUCUGGCCGCCAAGAAAUAUGGACCAAAGUCGAACAAAAAAUACGAUAUUUUGGUGACGACUCCCAACAGGCUGGUGUUCCUGCUGAAGCAGGACCCCCCGGCCAUCGACCUCAGCAGAGUUGAGUGGCUGGUCGUAGACGAGUCGGAUAAGCUGUUCGAGGACGGUAAGAGGGGCUUCAGGGAGCAGCUGGCCACCGUGUUCCUGGCCUGCUCCAACCCCAAGGUGCGCCGGGCUUUCUUCAGCGCCACCUGCACCCCCCAGGUGGAGCAGUGGUGCCGCCUGAACCUGGACAGCCUGGUCUCCGUGAACAUCGGGAGCAGAAACUCGGCGGUGAACACGGUGGAGCAGGAGCUGCUGUUCGUCGGGACGGAGAGCGGCAAGCUGGUGGCCAUGAGGGACAUCGUCAGGAAGGGGUUCCUGCCUCCCGUGCUGGUGUUCGUCCAGUCCAUAGACCGAGCCCGCGAACUCUUCCACGAGUUGGUGUACGAAGGGAUCAACGUGGAGGUGAUCCACGCCGACCGCACGCAGCAGCAGAGGGACAACGUGGUGAACAGCUUCCGCUCCGGAAAGAUCUGGGUGCUGAUUUGCACGGCUUUGAUGGCCAGAGGGAUCGACUUCAAGGGAGUGAACCUGGUGCUGAACUACGACUUCCCCACCAGCGCCGUGGAGUACAUCCAUCGGAUUGGGCGAACUGGCAGAGCUGGCCAUCAAGGGAAGGCCAUCACCUUCUUCACGGAGAGUGACAAGCCGAUGUUGCGCAGCAUUGCAAAUGUCAUAAAACAAGCGGGCUGUCCCGUCCCGGACUACAUGAUCGGCUUCAAGAAGAUCCACAGCAAAGUAAAGCGGAGGCUGGAGAAGAAACCUCCCAAGAGAAGCACCAUUUGCACAACUCCUCGCUUCAUGAUGAAGAAAAAGGGCAACGCACAGAAAAAAGAGCAACAACAGGAAUCGUCGAGGAAGCAGAAUGAAGAAAAAGAACCUCAAACAACAAUUUCCCAGCAGAAAGGGGGGAAGAAAACAGAAGGACACGGGUUAAAGAAAAAAAGCAAACCAAGUGACAAAGGAGUAAAAAUACCCAAGGAAUCCAAUUCCUCAGGAGCUAAAUUAAAAAAGAACCUAAAGAAGAAAAACAAACUAAAAGGGGACUUGAAGACAAGCAUGGAAACAGGCUGACCUGGAGAUGACGUGGACCCCCCACCCCCCACCCCAUCUGUAUUUGAUAUAUAAUAUUUUCAAAUAUGUGUGCAUUUUACUGAUUGAAAAUAAAA